AUGGGAGGCCUCUGCUCCCCGCUGGCCGUGCUGCUGCUGCUGGUGCUGCCGUCCCCAGCGCAUGGUGCUGAGGAGAGUCAAGACCAGCCAGUGUUCAGCCGUAUCAUCGGAGGGCAGGAUGCCCAGGAGGGUCGAUGGUACUGGCACGUCAGUGUGGAGGAAUAUUAUCACCACGUAUGUGGAGGAUCCCUCAUCUCAGCCCAGGGGGUGGUGUCAGCUGCUCACUGCUUCGAACCCUAUCUCCCUGACUCUGCGUAUCGCAUGAACCUGUGAGAGAACCAGCUCUAUAACCCCUUCUUCACCCGGACUUCAUUCCCCGUGAGUCGCAUCGUCAUCCACCCUGACUACAACCAGAGCACGUUCUUCGCCGACAUCGCCCUGGUGCAGCUAAUGAAACCGGUCAACUUCACGGACACCAUCCGCCCCAUCUCCCUGCCGGGCCCCUCCACCCAGUUCCCAGCAGGGGGAAAGUGUUGGGUCACUGACUGGGGCAGCAUCAGAUGGGGCUGUGGAGAUACAUGGAAGCCGCCCAAGACCCUUCAGGUUCCCCUCAUCACUGUGUCGACCUGUAAAGAAAACGUCUCAAAAUGCAAACAUCAGAUCCAAGAUGACGUGCUGUGCGCGGGGUCCGGAGGUGACCGUACUGGCCCCUGUGAGGGUGACUCUGGGGAGCCUCUGCUCUGUGCAAGCAAUGGCAGCUUUGUCUUGGCUGGAAUCGCCAACUGGGAGAUUAACUGCACAGCCUUCCCACCCCCCCACCCAGGGGUGCACGUCCGGGUCCCAGUCUAUGUCAACUGGAUCCAGAAUGUCACGGGUGACGCUGGCCUCUCGAUCGUCUCUCCUGCCGUACUCAGUCCCGGUACUACCCCAUUGGGGUCCCGAAGCAAUGGCUUAGUCUGCUCAUGCCUAGUGCUGGCUCUGGCUGUACUGGUCCUUGCUGGGCUCCUGCUGACGGCCCUGUGACCUGCCCCAUUGGGGCUCCCACCCGCGCCAACCCCCCCGGCCCAGAUAACAUGGGAGCAGAACCCCCCUCCUAAGCAUGAGCGGCAGAGAGAGCAGAGCUGGCAGCCCCCUGCCAGCUGGGGUGUGUAUAGACCCCCCCUUAGCACUGGGUGUGGGCCCCACGUUUCUGGGGUCUGUGGGACGCGGCUGGGAGAGGCUGGUGGA